AUGAUUGCAGCUGCCGGACGCCUUCUUCGUACUGGCUUUGCCCGGAGAAGCAGCUGCAGAGAGUUCUCACAGGGCUGGAAACUUGGCAGACUGCCUUCAAAAGACGAACAGGUUCUCUUGGGGGCUGUUAGCUAUGAUCCGGCAAUAUCUACGAUUUGGGGCAGGAUGAAAAUUUACCUAAACACCGCUGGAUGCCCAUUUGACUUCGUGCUCUUCACAAACUAUGAAAGACAAGUUGCCGCACUGUUGGCAGGAGAAGUCGACAUUGCAUGGAACGGUCCCGUGGCCCAUGUUCUUGCAGAGCAGCAUGCCGGUCCGAACGGACUGGUUUCCCUGGGCAUGAGAGACGUCGAUUGCGACUUCGUGUCGAUAUGUGUCGCAAGGAAGGAUGCCAAUGUGUCCUCGGUGCACGAUGUGCAUGACAAAGUAGUGGCAACGGGAGCUUCUGAUUCACCACAAGCUCACUUGGUGCCACUUUACUGGUUACAUGAGAAGGGUGUGCGGCCAUCCGAGAUACGGGCCUUUGACCUGGACUUGGGCAAGCACGGUGACACUGCCCUUGGCGAAGUGGCUGCCAUGGAAUGUUUGCUUCAGCACGGUGCCCAGGUGGGUCUGCUUUCGAAGAUGAUGUGGGACAGGGGUCUGGCAGGAGAGCUGAGCAUCGAUCCUAAGAUGCUGGAGACAACCCUAGAAGUGGUACCGGGUGAAGGGCCCCCACUCUUUGACCACUGCCAGUUUGACGUUUUGGCCCACAAUCCUCUGUGGAAAAGGGAGAGCUUCAGCAAUGCCAUCUUCAAGAUGGACAUGCAAAACCCCGAGCAUGAAGAGGUGAUGCGCUUGGAAGGUAUCCAAAAGAAGUGGAUGCCACCUCGCCACGAGGGCUAUGCAGUGGUUCAUAAGGCAGUUGAAGCGUUCACUGGCAAGAGACACUUCGGAACCCAAACUGGCGGCUCCUGGGGCUCAAGAUCGCCGCGGGCCAAGAAAGGAACUUUCAAUGCCUCCAGAUCCUUCAGCACCAGCGCACAAAAACCCAGUGUCGGGGUCGUCGGUGCCGGUGUUGCUGGCUUGCAGGCCAUACGAUCACUCGAGGCAAAGGGGUUUGCUGUUAAGGUCUUCGAGCAGGAUGCUGGAAUCGGCGGUGUGUGGAGAGAGAACUACGUCAAUUUUGGCGUGCAGGUUCCCAAACAGCUGUACGAGUUCCCAGACUUCCCCUUCAAUCUUCCUUGGGGGACAUAUCCCACAGGUCCUGAAACUCAGCAGUACAUCGAGGACUAUGCUGACCACUUCAAGUUGCGCAAGUCCGUGCAGACGGGGACCAGGGUGGAGGCGAUUCAUCCAGAAAAUUCCGGCUGGGUGUUCACAACAAAGCAGGAUGGCGAAAAAAAGGAGGAAAGCUUUGACUAUUGCAUCAUGGCUACCGGGCUGUACAACAAGGCGAGCCUCUUCAUACCAGAUCUUCCCGAUAAAGAGAAGUUUGCAGGGAAGGCAGUGCACUCAACCUACUUCCAAGACUUUGCAAUGGCAGAAAACAAGCGUGUGGUCGUCGUUGGUGGUGGCAAGAGCGCGGUGGAUUGCGCCACAGAGGCCAGCAAGGUUGCUGCCAAGGUAACCCUUGUUAGCAGAAAACCCCAUUGGCCUACGCCUCGGAAGAUCGCCAAUUUGAUCCCCUUCCAGUACAUCUUUUUGUCAAGGCUGGGCCAGGCUUUAGUUACCGGGCACCGGGGGGCACUUCCGGGAGCUCCUGGUCACAUGUCACUCUGGCACAAACUCAGUUGGCCUUUGAUGGCUGUGGCCUUCAGCGCGGUGGAGAUGCUCUUCGCACUACAAUUUCGAAUGUCCGGAAAGACCUCUCCUCUCUUCAAGUGCGAUGUCGUCUCAGACUUCUACGGCCAUGCUCAAGUCCUGGACUACUCGCUGCGCGACUUGGUCGCGGAAGGAAAGCUGGAAUGGGUGAUUGGAACUCCUACCGGCUUCACGCCAGAUGGCGUGACGAUUGAUGGCCAAGAGGUGCCUGCUGACCUUGUCAUCUAUGCUACAGGCUUCCAGAAAGACUACAGUCUCUUUUCUGAGGAGGUGCGCUCAAGGCUCGGGGUGGAGGAGGAUGGUUUGUAUCUGUGGCGCCAUACGCUUGCACCGAAGGUGCCUCGCCUGGCUUUUGUUGGCAGUGAGCUGGCCACCAUAUCAAACAUCAGUAGCUAUGGCCUGCAGUCAGCUUGGUUAGGCAAGGUCUGGUCUGGUGAAAUCGAUUUACCGAAAGUUGAGGCUAUGGAGGCAGAAUUGGAGGAAAUGAAGAAGUGGAAGCGUGGCUGGAUGCCGGCUACAUCCUCCAGGGCAAGUUUGGUGCUCCUUCAUCAAGUCCACUUUCAUGACACCUUGCUUAAAGACAUGGGCCUCCGCCAUCUGCGGAAGGCGAACUUCCUCGCAGAGGCCUUGAUGCCAUACCAGCCGGAGGACUACAACGGAAUCGUGGGCGCCUAG